UCCUACUCGAAUUUGUGUUCAAAAUUAGAAGGCGUGGUAGUUUACCCACAGAGUUUGGUCGAUCUCUAUAUAUAUAUACACUGUAUGUAUUUCGACAAUCUGAAAAUUUUUCACGAAUUUUAUUACUAAUGAUUGUGAUAAGUUUGACGUAAAAUCGAAAAUGAGCCGAAAAAAAUAUAUAUGUUCGAAAUAAUGAUUGAUGAAAGAGGGAUGGGUGAAAUUAUUUAUCCGCAAUAAGGUAAGGGCAAUAAGUCUACGAAGAAAAAAAAACUGCCCGCGCUCAUACGCUCGCCCCGAAUUUGGCGCCCUCGUGUGGCAGCUGAUCGAGCGAAUACGUUUCUGCCACGACCAAACUACUCUCAAUUGAUUUCUCGUUACAAAAAUAAUUAUAAUAAAUUUUAAAAAACAUGAAAUCCCUGUGAUAUAACGUUAAAUAUUUGUAAACGUCGAAUGGAAAUAAUAAUAAAUAACAAGUGUCAAGUGAGCUCAUUGUUCAAAGCGAACGACGAAGACAAGGAUUUAUACUAGUGUCCUUUUAAGCGUUCUAUUUUCGUACGCUGGUUCCGAUCGUAAAGCCACAAUAACCUUAGCGGAAAAUGAGUAAUGUCUGGUCAUCCGGAAAAGUUGAAACGGAUUUGAAAUAGCUUUCAGUGGGAGCUCUAAUUGUCAUUUACUUUUUUCUCUCAUCAUUUAUUCGUGAAGUAUAAUUCGUCAACGAUGAAAUGGAGGUUAAUGUUUCUCGAACUGAGCAGACAGAAUGUUUUGUUGAAGAACACAACAUUGCUUUGCUACUCGAGUGUCGCGCUAGUAGGUCAUUUAUAAACAAAUCGAGUUUACGAGAUCUUACGAUUAUUCCGCGUCAGCUUUCAGCAUUCGACAAAAUCAUUAACUCUCAUAGUCAAGCCUGCGAAUUGGAGGACAAACAAUCUUUUAUAUCUAGUCAACGCAUCGCGGUUUCUUCGCGAAUCAUAUUUUUUCUCCAAUUUUUUGAUAACUCUACCGGGUAUUACAGAAGAUCAAAAAGUAUUCAAAGAAUGGAGAACUUGGCCAGUUCUGUCAAAUUUUUGUUGUUACUCGGAACCCUCUUUGUUCUUAUUCAAUUGUUACCAUUGACCGAAGCUUCCGAACCUUUAAGAAAUCCAUAUGAUAUACUCGGCGUUUCUAGACGCUCUACGCUUCAAGAGAUCAGAAAAGCUUACAAAAAUUUAGUUAAGGAAUGGCAUCCAGACAAAACCGAUCAUCCUGCUGCUGAAAAUAAAUUUGUUGAAAUAACACGUGCUUAUGAGCUAUUAUCGGAUCCUGAAAGGAGAAGAAAAUAUGAUAAUCAUGGACUGACAGAGGAAAAUACUAGACACAGAGGAGAUAAUUCCCAUUUCCACAUGACCGAUCCCUUGGAAGAACUUUUCACUGGGAAUUUCAAAUUUCAUUAUCAAAAUCGUGAUAUUUCAUUUUUCCACGAAAUGAGUAUCACUUAUCGAACAUUUGAGAACAUAAUACUAUCCAAGAGCUUCAGAUCGCCGCAUUUAAUACUUUUUUACUCGGACUGGUGUUUCGCUUGUCUCCAAGUAGAACCCACCUGGCGUAGGCUCAUAGAUGAAUUGGAGCCUCUUGGAGUGAUAUUAGUGACGGCGCAUGCCGAAAGAGAGCCAACUUUUGCAAGAAAAAUGGGCGUUCACUCUUUGCCCUGUUUGACCAUGGUUCUGGAUGGCAGAACGAGCGUUUACAAAGAGUCUCUGUUCAGUGUACAAAAAGUUGUUGAAUUUCUACGAAGCAAAUUUCCCUACAGAUUGAUUCAUAAUAUCGACAACGAUAACGUGAAUAGCUUUUUGUCGGGCUGGGUCGACAACAGAAUACGGGCUUUGAUAUUCGAAAAGAGAGAAUCAGCAAGAUUGAGAUAUUUGCUUACAGCUUUCCAUCAUAGGGAUCGGGUCGCUUUCGGCUUCGUUCAGGUAGGGAAACUGGAAACCGAAAGUAUAACAACGAAAUACAAAAUAUCGGGAGACUUGGAUACGCUGUUGCUUUUCAACGAGAAUUCUGAGAAACCCAUGGCUUCCGUGAGCAUGAAGGACAUACCCAGUGAGACGAUGCACAACGUUAUUGCCAAUAAUAAAUUUCUCAUGCUACCGCGAUUAUCGAAUCAAGCGAUGCUCGAUUCCGUGUGCCCACCAGAAUGGCUGAGACCUCAAAAACGAUUGUGCGCUAUUCUCAUAUCGCAAAACAGUCAAGUCCAUGAUUUUGCAAGGCACAAGUUUCGUCAGGCUGCUGUUGAAGCACCGUACAGCACGGAGCGCGUGAGAUACACAUACGUGUUCAAAGAUACCCAGCCUGAAUUCGUGUCAGCGUUAUCAGCUGGCGAAGGUACGCCAUUAGAUCCGUUGCUGCACAUCGUUAUCAUAUGGAGGCGAGAUGCGAAUCAUUUGAAGUACGAAUGGUUGCCGACCGGUUGGAUAGAAGCAGCUCAGGAUGAAAAACAGUUGAACGAAACACGUCGCAAUUUGGAGCACACGUUGCAACGUCUUCUGAGAGUUUCCGAGGCAUUGCCUUAUGCCGCAAAAGUUGAAGAGCUCGCUGACGAGCAUGCACAGGGUACCGUUGAUAGACUGAUCGGAAGGGCAUUAUUAGCAGUAGAUUAUAUAUCCGAUAGCCUUACCAAGGAACAAAUUUUGCCACUCAUUUCCGUUUUCGCGACUCUCAUGAUAAUCGGAGCACUAGGAUACGGAAUGUCGUAUUUAGUUAAACUGGAAGAAAUAAGCGUCCAAGCAAAGCGCGGAGCAUGCAAAGAUAAUCCAAAGCCGGCUAAGCCUCAACCACAGUUGCGAUUGCACGAACUCAGAGCCGAAAAAUACAACGGAUUAGUUCGCUUGUUGAAACCUGGCUGUCGAACUAUCAUUUUAUUGGUCGAUUACCAAAGCAGAUUGAAAUUAUUGCCAGCUUUUCACAGAGCAGUUUGGCCCUAUAGAAAGAAUAAGACUUUGAUGUUUGCGCAUAUGUCCUUGGACCGUGGUCUUGAUUGGUACAAAAAAGUUCUCUCGUUGAGUUUACCAGGGCAAAAAGAAUUGAAUAUAAAUGCAAAAAAUUGUGUCGGCACGGUUCUUGCAUUGAACGGUCAUCGAAAAUACUUUUGUAUGUACCAUGCCAAACAUCCAGAGUGUACCAAGGGAAAAGGUACUAAGCGUAUGGAGAGAAUGACCAAACGACUGAGUCGUCGAUCGGACGACCCCGAAGCUGGAGCUUUCAUCGGAUUUGACAGUACGAGCGAGUCCGAAUUUUCACAAGACGAGAUGGAGAGCGAUGUAUUGUAUCAGGACAAACUUCUGGACGGUUUGCCCAAUUGGCUCGACAGAUUAUUCGAAGGUUUGACGCAACGCUAUUACAUCAAUUAUUGGCCCGAUUUCACUGCCAAGUAAGAAGAAAUGGUACGUGAACGUAUUAUCGUUGACCGUAAAUAAUACAUUGCCUUUUCAUCCAUAAAGAGAGUAAACGAAAGGACAAAAUGAACGAAAUUUCGUCGAUUCUAGUCAGCGAGGUAAAAUGCUAUUGCGGAAAGGGUUCAUUACUCUUGAACCGACUACCGUUGAAAAUCCAGUAUAAAGACAAAACACUAAUCCAUAUUUAUUAUCAUUCAUAUUUUUAUUCGAAUAAAGAAUUUUGAGUACUGCCAGAGAGAACUAAUAAUAACAUUAUCAUGGAAUACGAUAAUUGAUAAUGAUAUUGAGAAACCAAAGAUUAAAAAAAUCGUUUUCAACGUGUAAUAGUGUGUUGAGCAUGCAAUGUUUUAAAAAUAAUCUAGUAAUUAAAAUGGAUUUUUGUUAUUUGUUCGUCACGCGGUUUUCUAUAUCGAGCGAAAAUGAUAGUGAUUCGAUAUAAAUAAUUUGGAGAUGUUGCAUGGUAAUCUCUUUGGCAGCGCUGCUACAUCACCAUCGGAGAUAUUUUUUUUUUUUUUUUUUCAACGGUGAUGAAUUUUCUCUUCUACAACACGAGUCACAUAGAUUUGUUAUUUGGGGUUACUGCUUUUGCAGCUUACGAUAUAGUACCCCCACAAAUUACAUAUGUCUUUUACAUUUUGUAAUCGUUCUCAUUACCUUUGUUCCAAACGAAUUCCAAAUGUCUUCGCUCGGCAUAAUUGGUUAUCUUAUUGCAUACAUUGUGUACCAAUAGCCUAACCAAAUUAUGUAUGGGCAAUGAGCGUUGUUCACUUUACGUUCUCUUUAGCGAUUUAAGUAGGUAUUAUGAUAAUUACCGUAGCACUUGCUACCACCGUCACCGCUACUCCUUCAUAGUGCUAAAUAUGGAAUAACAAAAGAUAAUAUGCUGAAAAGAAACAGCACUUGGAUUUGGAAAUUAUAACAAUAGUGCGAUUAUCGCUUGACCUUUUAUAAAUACGUAUAGUGGGGUAUUGCGAGUCAAGCACAACAGCGGCGGUGCAAGUAGCUUCGGAGAUAGUUUUGUUUUUGUUUUAACUGACGAAAAUUCUUUGUUCGUUUAUUCUCGAAGACAACUAAUAUCCUAUGAUAUGAUUCGUCAUGAGAAUAAAUAUUGCUCGACCGCCCGAGUCGCUGCUGCCCUUCCCGCCUUCGCUUCGAUACUCAGAAUAACGAUGUACUUCUCCUGAUCUUUGCACAGGGCAAUUUAUUCCUUGCACAGAACCAUUCUUUCUUAUCAUAAUUUUCAAAAUGAUGUUCUAUCGUCGAAUAGUUGAAAAAAAGCGAAUAUGUGGCCGAAAAGGACGUUUCGAUUCUUGAAAUAUGCUUUUCAAUUCAGUCCACCGAAGCUUGAUUUUUCCAGUGCUCGAUGCGCAUACUAUUCAACUUUGUAUCUUGAAUUUUUCAUGUUUACAUUAAAUAUUAAUAAUCAUGAACGAAGGAAGAAAGAAAAAGUGUUUUCCGAUACGUUAUUAUAUACAGUUUUAAGUUUGCAGAUCGCAAAGUUAACACAAUUUAAGAUAUAAUAUUUCAUAGGAUCAAAUAUUUUCUGACAGUCCUUACCAACUCUGAAUCAUGGAAUGAAUAUCGCAUCGAUCUCAGCAAAACAGCUAAAAAUACUUACAAAAAAAAAUGCGUUCUAUCGUGAUACUCACGAUUGCUUUCUCUCCAUCAACCGAUCGUAUAAUCCUUGUUAUACUUGCAGACAUGCAUGUGUCCUACGAGUGAAUUAGACUAAAAAUAAAACACAAUUUUACUGUUGUAUAACAUUAAGAAAAUCGACAUUAGGAAAGCAACGAGUAUUUCGAUAAUCGCUUUUGGACAGUCUGACAGCAUUAUUAUAUAACUUGAAAUAUUUCAUCUUGUUCUACUGGCACAUGUAAUUAGCAAAAAAAAAAAAAAAAUAUAUGAGACGGAUAUGUAGUAUAUCCAAACAGUUGAAUAUUCGUAACUACGUUACACGUAUGAAGUAUCAUUUUCAAUAAGGAACGAAAAAGAAAAAAAAACAUGAAACGGCAUCCUAGUCCUCAAUCCCUAUUAUUUUUUUCAUGUCUACACAUGGUAUGCAUCCAUAUAUAUAUAUGAUGCAUAUUGGGGUGUGUCAUUUCAGAGCGACAUUCAUUUUUUUGAGGAUUCCACAUAAAACUGAAAUUAAAAUUUACCAUUCGAGUGACAUAUUACAGUUUUGAAAUCAUAAUUAAGGUAAUAAUGCCGUAGGGUAAUAUGGGAAAAUAGCUAGAAAAAAACAUUUUUCAUGUUAUUUUAAUGGAAUAUCGGGGAGUACAACAUAGUUGAGUAGUCUUGAAAUAUGGCUUCACGAGAUUUUUCGUUCGCAUCGUUCCUUUUCGAAUGUAAGCUGAAGAUUUUUAGAGUUGAAUUGUGAAAAAAAAAAUAGGUUUCCUAGAAAUGACACACCCUAAUAUUAUACAUACAUACAACUAUACGUGUGAACUUAAAACGAACAAUACACUCAUUGUCAGCAAUGACUCUAUAUCAUAUGUUUAUAGCCUAGAUAUUGGUGAUUCCAGUCCAUUACGAAAUAUAAUGAGAUUAUAAAUUGUA